AUGGACACCCAAGGCUUCGACUUCCCCCUCGAUCCGGCUUUGGCGAAUGAAGACGGGACAGACGAUGUUGACGCAGAGGCGGCGGCACUCGAAGCUAUUCGCGUAGCUAUCAAUAACAACAAUCAGCACCAUGAUCACGGGCAUGGGCAAGGGCAGGACCAUUCGGGGCAUGUCGACACGCUAGCGAGACACUCGGGCGCCAGCAAUGCGCCUGUCUUCUCGCUAGAGCAGCAAGAAGCGCUGCGGACGGCGAGCCAGGCCGCGCAGGUCGAGAAAGCCAUACAGAAUCUAGGGAGGUUGAGUGGGCAGAACGCGUCCGCUUUGGAGGGCAUGGACUUUCAGGCGGUAUUGGGAGGAAUGAUCACUGGAUUACAGGAACUUCAAGCGGGUCUGAGAAGGCAGGAGCAGCUGGCUGGAGGCUUGACUGCGCAGCUGGGGGGUGAUUCGUCCGCUCUAUCAUCGCUCGAUCCGACUCUAGCCCAGAUGUUUGUGCCCCGUGCCGAAUACGAUGCUCUGAAGCAGAAAUACGACGUCCUACUCGCUUCGACGUCUGGAUACGCCCCGGCUCAGUCCGGACCCAUCGCGGGCCUUCCCGCUGCGUCCGGAUCUGGGGCCCUCUCCACGCCCAUCGCCGGUACUCGGAAGCGCAAGGCUCGGCAGUCCAAGCUCUCUCAGAGCGUCGGGCCCGAAGGCGAGGAUCUCCAGAAUCUGGCGGAGAUGGAGGAUAAGGCGCAGCUUAUGGAUGUCGGGCAGUCUGGUCGGAAGAAGCGGAGUAUGCGUCUAGAGCACUUAGUCCAUCAAAUGGCCAACCGCCGACUCGGCCUCGAAUACCCCAUCUCAGGCUUCAAAUGCGCCGGCUCCACCCUCCUUCCUGAUCCGGCUACACCGGCGCCACCCGUCCAUAUGUCCGCAAACGGGGUGCAAGAGUGUCGGCCCGAUUUUACAAAGGGAAUGGACGAUACGGAUGUGAGGGCGUAUUUGGAUGUUGUCAUUGGGGACGCGUGGGGCGCUUGGACGGGUGGAGUCAGGGAGGACGAGACGGGGGUGGAUAUGCCAAAGGUACGAGAGGCGGUCGAGACGUACUGGAAUAGACUGCAAAAACGGUGGAUCGAACAGCAAGCUCGAACGCGAGGCGAAAUGUCCAAGGAUGAACUCACGCGGAAGAAGCAGAACCAGUAUCGCCGACAGCAAUCUCUCGUCGGGAGACGUAUGGCAGCGUUCGACGCCUCGCCCUUAAACGCCUGUCGCCUUCGAGCGCUGUACCGCACCCUACUCACCAUCGACUUUGCGGCGCCGACGAAUGAACGUCCGGACCCGACGCGCGCGUAUACCGAGGAUCAGUGGUAUGCUUAUCGAAGGCAGCAGUUGGGUGGAAGGGCGAUGGGGGGACAUGAGGUGGUUGAUAUAUUUUGGUUAUCGCCAGCUGCCCGCUCCCUCCUCAUCCUGCUCGACGUCUUCUCCCUCGCCCGCUCUUCUUCCUCCCGCAAAAAGGGCCGUCCAAAAGCCCCUUCACCGACCUUCCACCUCCCCUCUUCUCUCUGGGACACCUCACCCUCCCGCCUUCCCGCCCUUCGACCCAAGGACGAGACCGGCCUCCCCAUCCCCAACACCCCCGGGAUCAUCCUCUUCAAAUUCCACGUCCACCCCCACAUCAUUGCCGCGCACCCCCUGUGGGCCCUGGGACUGUAUGACGACCCGCCCGCCGAUCCCGCGGAUGUCGCCGCUGGACUGGGGAGUCUCGCGGAGGUCUUAGGCCAGGAGGUUUAUGGUGUACUGAGAGCGAAGGUGGGGCGGGAGAAGGAGAGACAGGGGGUGCAGGAGAUGGGAGAGGCGGAGAUUAGGGAGAUGUUGGCGCGUCCGGAGGAGGUUGAUGAGGAGGAGGGAGAGCAAGAGGGGGAGGGGGAGUUUAUCAUUGAUACCCCGCCAAUGAGGUAUGGGUCUGUUAACCCCGGCGGUCCAACAGGAGGGUCAGGGAUAGGGUCACAAGGGUCACAAGGGGGCCAAACGAUGGAUUAUGGGGGAUUGACGCUAGGGAUCGGAGGGAUGGAUAAUGAUUCUCUUGAUGGGACGCUGGAGGCGGGGUUGGAGUAUGUGGCCUUGACGCAGCAGGCGGAGGCGGAUGCUGAGGUGGAGGCGAGGAUGGCGAUACAUGCUGCAGGAGGCGCGGGUGGGGGGUCAGCUUCUCCAGCUGGAGCGGCAGCGGGGACGGGGACGGGGGCGGCGGCUGGAGGGUCAGCGCCAGGCGGGAGGGGCUUUGAACGAGAAGCCUCCGCGUCAGCCUCGGGAGCAGUACUCUUACCUGCCGGACCGGGGAUCAGGGGCGGAGGCGGACAAGGCACCUCGCUCCGAGCGCGCAAGAUAGGGAAGAAGGGGAUGGGGUCGGGUCCGCCUGAAGGGGCAGCGAUGCCCGUGCCGAAGAGGCAGCGGGUUGGGGGGAUUGGGGUGGGCGUGGGGCUGGGAGGGGUGGGUGUGGGCGUGGGGAUGGGGAUGGGGAUGGGCGGCAUGGGCGGCAUGGGGAUGGGUGGAAUGGGAAUGGGAGGAAUAGGGGGGAUGGGAAUGGGCAUGGCGGGAGAGGAAGAGGUGAGGAGGGAGAUUCAGGGGGAUGCGGGCUUUCUGGAGGGGUUGUAA